GCUAUUCUUCACAUAUUACUGCUGCGACUGCGGUCGCGGCGUCCGGGUUCUCGGUGCUCCAGAACAGCCUUCCCGAACCUCGUGCUUUCCGGGCGCCUUGGAUGGCAACUCCCAUAAUUCCCUGGGGGCGGGGGAUUCUGGGAGAUGGGAUCCAACUCGUCUGGACGGCACCUCGCCGGCGAAGGCGGCCCGGUCAUUGUCAUCACGUGGCAUUUAUAUCCUGUCUUUCUUUUUCUUGCAAGGAUCCCAAGGCGGCGUACAAGGUGCUUUUAGGGAAUAUAAGGUCCCUGCCCCGCAGAGGUUACAGUCUACCGUGCAAUACGGUGGGGGGCAGGGAAGACAGGGGAGGCCCGGGUAAACAAGGAAAAAAAUGCAGCAGCUUCUUUUGCAGAGCUUUCACCUUGCUGGCACCCCCAUUCUAUGCUGGGAUGAGGAAAGCAUCUGACGCCGUGGUCUGCUCUUGCAGUUUCGGGAGGUCUGGCUGGAAACAGGGCCAGAGUCUGCAUAAACACUAUCCUAGCAGUGCUUCUUGAAAAUUGGGCUUUUGUGGCUCUCUGGGGCUCGCGUGAUGGAGGGUGAGCCGCCCUUUGAUGGCCAGGCUGGAUCGAACCUGGAGCAACCAGAUGAGAGCGACGUGGAAGCUGGCGGGGUGUCUGGACCUGCUGCUAAGGUGCCGAGGCUGAAUGGGAGCCAGGAAAAUGGAGAGACAGCCGAGGAGGCCAUUUCUGGCUUGGAACCCUUGGGAGAAGAGCCCAGGAUGGCGGGUGCAGCACAGCGUUUUGAGGAAGGGAAGAAGGCAGAAGCAGAUGACGGAGGAGAAAUGGCAACAGAAGGAGAAUAUUACUUUCCAGCAUACAGCUUCUUGCAGCCACCUAAGCUCCUGACGGGCUCCUGGGCAGAGUACAGUUGUGUUCCAGAGAACUUUCUCAAGGGCUGUAAGUGGGCCCCUGAUGGGACUUGCCUGCUGACCAACAGUGCUGACAACACCCUGCGGAUUUACAACCUUCCUGCGGAGUUGUACACUGAGGAGUGGGGUGCUGUUGCCGAAAUGAGCCCUGUGCUGCGCAUGAUGGAAGGAGACACCGUCUAUGACUACUGCUGGUUCCCGCUGAUGAAUUCUUCCGACCCGCAGACUUGUUUCGUUGCCAGCAGCAGCCGUGACAACCCCAUCCACAUCUGGGAUGCUUUCCACGGAGACCUGCGGGCCUCUUUCCGCCCCUACAAUCAUCUUGACGAGCUGACGGCUGCACACUCCCUCUGCUUCACGCCCGACGGCUCCCAGCUCUUCUGUGGCUUUAACAAGACUGUGAGAGUGUUUGAGACGUCCCGGCCGGGCCGGAGCUGUGAAAACAGACCCACCUUUGCAAAGAAGCAAGGCCAGAGCGGCAUCAUCUCCUGCAUCGCCUUCAGCCCGGCACAGCCGCUGUACGCCUGCACCUCCUACUCCAAGACGGUGGGCCUCUACUCCCGCGCAGAGGGCGCCCCCUUGGCCAUGCUGCACGGGCACCGCGGUGGGGUCACCCAUGCCCUCUUCUCCCCCGAUGGCUUCCACCUCUUCACGGGUGGCCGCAAGGACGUGGAGAUCCUCUGCUGGGACCUUCGGCGCCCGGGCGACGUGCUCUUCUCCAUGCGCCGAACGGUGGCCACCAACCAAAGGCUCUACUUUGACCUGGACCCGAGCGGCAGCUAUUUGCUGAGCGGCGACACAGAGGGGCUCGUGACGGCCUGGGACACCACCCAGCCCCCCAGCAGUGCCCCCGGCCCGGUCCUGCAGCCCACCUUGCAGUUCCAGGCCCUGCAAGACUGCGUCAACGGGGUCAGCCUGCACCCCAGCCUCCCCCUGCUGGCCACAGCCUCCGGCCAGCGCACGUUUCCUGACCUGUGGGACGAGGAGGCCGAGACGGAAGGGGACGCCCCGUCCAGCUGCCGUCCGGCGCACGGGGACAACUCCCUGCAGCUCUGGUGGUGCUCCUCGGACGCUGGAGCAGAGCCGCCCCCGGCCGUUCCGUAAGCAGCCCCCUCCCACGGGGGAGCGAGAAGACGGACUCCAGAGCCGCCCCCUGGCUGGGCCCUGUUUGGGGCCUGUGUGCCAGCCGCCAUGUUGUGUGUGUGGGGAAGGGCUGAUUAAGCCCGCGUGUGCCAGCUCUUUGCGUGUGUGAGUGUGUGUGCGUACCCAUGAAGCGAUUGCCAAAGAGGGUGCACGCUGAUGUGAAGGCGUAAUGGAAAAUCGGACAUUCCUGGGAAGUAACGGCCCCUGAAAUGAACUUCGUUGAACUGCUGCCCUACACACGGGGUUACUCUGGGGUGGACGCAUCCUCGCCGGGGAGUGGGGCAGAGCCUGGGGGAGCCGAAGUGCCUGCUGUGUUCGGAGAAGAGCAGGCACUGCGCCUCCUGGCGGCCUCCGCUCUCCUCUGGACCAGAACUAAUCCCGCCGCAGGCUGUUGGCAGUCGCCUUGUGCCCCCCCCUUCGCGGCUCGCGUACAUCUCUCUCCUUAAAGCCAAAAAGGCCAUAUAUCUUUCCAUACAUUUCUCGGGACGGGGGGGGGGGGGGUGCUUUGUAGCCCAAGAGGCCCACUUCCUUGGCUAGCAGGUCACUUUUGUGGAAGCUACUCAGGAUAUGCCCUGACCAGAGAACACGGGACCUGUAUGGUGCCGUGUGUGUGCGUGUGUGUGUGUAGGGGUGCUGGUGUUUUGGCUGUUGUGCCCCGGAGCUCUGAGUGCAUGCAUGAGAGCGAUUGGAUUGUUUAAGGUUUUAAAAGUGCUUUCUCUUCCUUGCUGUGUAAAUAUUUUUUUUGCGAUCUGACACCUGCCCGACAAGUGGGGCGUUGGGCCAUCUGGCUUGGAGGAAGGAACACCUUGUCAUGCAUUUUCCUCUUUGGUACCUGUUUGCAGACCUGAAGUCCCGUUUGGCAACGGGUGUCGAAUAAAGCGUUGCUCUGUUGUGGCGCUGUUUUCCUAAGUCCUUCCUUCUGAAGUGGGUUUGGUGCAAAUCGCAAGGCAGAACUCACCUGCUGUCGAAGGGAUGCAAGAGGGUUUCAUGGGCUUCCUUCUGGGGGCAUCGGGAAAUAGAGUGUGCACAUCUUGAAAAUCAUUUCUCUUAUCCUUUUUCAAUCCCUGCUCCCCCUUGGUAGCAUUUUAAUAUUUCUGAGAAUAUUUUUUUUCUGGAAAUAAAGAGCCUUCUUUCGAACAAA